UUUCAGUUUUUUUCACCCCUACGCCGUCCGGUAAAGUGGUUCAGGUCUUCGUUAUGAUCGCACAUUAAGCCUUGAGUUAAUUGAAUAUCGUCAAGCAGAUGUUGUCCUCGUCGGAAUACGCCAUCUCGUUCGGGCUUUGUGUUUCCAGUACUGAGGUUGGUUUGAUAUAGCAUACUGUUCACAUUUUGCGUGGUUGAUAGUCAUAUGCAUUUUAUGGUUAGAACGUGUUUGAUCCUUGGGUUCUUUUUUUCGUGGUAGCUUUUUUCAUUACCGAUGUAAUAAUUUGAGAAAUCACCCCUAUUUCCCUGGUAUUGUGGAGCAGCUGGCCUAUUGGUUCUCCAUCUCUGUCUGUGUUGACCGUGAGAUUGUACUGUUCUUCUGUCGGCCUAUGGUUGGUUGGUGGAUCUGCCCGUUCAGCAUGAGGGAUCUUCUCACCUUGGUUCCAUGGUGUGUCGCACAUCUUGAACCUGACGCUCUGACGCUUUUCGCUGACUUUGUUCCUCUGCGGCAUGGUAGCUCAGAAAAGUGAAUCCUAUUCUCUGCCUGGAUAAAGUCUGAGAUUCUUGGAGAAACCUGCUCAAGUUUAUAGGAUUGCCCUAAAUUAUAAAAAAAAAUGUUGUUACUCUGCUGCCCUGCCUUAGCCACUAUGCUCCCAGCUAGGCUUGCGAUGCCCACCCUGGCCCUUACAGACACCUGUUUGAUUGAUUGCUGUCAUAUGCUCAUUGAAUGUCAGAAAGCUUUAAUAUUUUGUUGUGUGUCGUAGAACUCUCCCCUCUUAACUUUUAAGUGUAAAAAACAUGAAUUCUGCCCAUUUGGCAUCCCCAGUACAGGUCAGACAUCAACGUUGCUUGCUCCCAUUGAAACCUAGCAUAAGAGACAGUGAAACAAGUCCUUGUAAAAGUGCUUACCUUUAUUUCAAUCUUAAAAAUUCUUCUCCAGCAGUUAGUCACAAGGGAAUACUUGAGAAACAUGCAAAGAAAACAGAGGGUUGUUCGGCUCGUUCACCCAGCACAGCUGACAAAAGAAAACAAACCUUACACCUUUGACCCAGUUUUACUGCCAUCCGCAGGACCCAAUAACUCAGAUCUGUCCCUACUGUUAACUGAAGAAAUUUUGACCAAAAUAGGAAAGAUCAAACCCUACCUGUCACUUCUAACAAAAAGAAAACCUUCAAGGUUGGGCAAAAAUUUCCAAAGAAAAGAAGGAUUUUCAAAGGUUCUAAGUAGGGAAAGCUUGGGGUUAAAGACGCAAGACGUGUAACUAAGAUAGCCGAGAGAAACGUUAUCUGUACCUGACACUUGAGGCGGGAAUACUACACGGGAACACCAUAGGUGAGUUUUGUUUGAUCAUUUUUGCUCAAGCAAAAAUGAUCAAACAUCAGUAACAAGCCGUUGAGAAAGUCAGUGGUCUUUUCUUCGCAAAGGAGUAAUCAUAGAACUGCCACAAGGUAGGGAAAGCUUGGGGCAAAGACGUUUAAAAAGCAAGACGUGUAACUAAGGUAGCAAAACGUUAUCUGUACCUGGCGCUUGAGGCGGGAAUACUACACGGGAACACCAUAGGAUCAUCAAAGUUGCAGACAUGGUGACUCACAUGGCGAGCUCGCGAAUGACUACGGCGUUUUGGGGCUGCACUUUUUUGGGUUUCCUCGUCUUCGUUGGGAUCGGCUUCAUUUCCACAAACAUGUAUGAGGACAGCAUGCCGAGUUCAAACUGGGCGCCACCUCACAAGAUGCCCAACAGGAAAUUUUCCGGCACACGUGGUGAAGAAAUCUGUGACGUCAAGCAAAACUUCGUGUUCGUGAAGGUACACAAAGCAGGAGGAACAACAGCAACCUGCAUCUUCCAACGCUUCGGCUACGAACACAACCUGACCUUCGUUCUUCCAAUGAAUAUCAAGAGUGACAUCGGCUGGCCCAACAUCUUCAAACGAGAAGACUUCAUUCCGUCGGCGGACGGCACAUUUAACCUUCUAGUUGAUCACACUGUCUAUCAUAGGAAGUUGUUAGAUCACAUCAUGCCUCCCGAUACUGUCUACAUCGCCAUUCUUAGACAUCCACUAGCUCAACUCAGAUCUGUUUUCAACUGGUAUGGCCUUGCCAAAAGGUUCCCUGAAUUGAAAGGAGCUCGAGUAGACCCUGUUGCUUCGUUCCUGAAGGAUCCCGAAAAAUACCAAAUUCCUCUCGUUGCCCGGUCAAAAGCACCUCACACCCUUUCCAAGAACUUCAUGGCGUACGAUCUUGGAUUCCCUCCAGGACUUUUUGAUGACCGAUCCUCUGUCGAUGAGUUUGUUCAAAAGAUAGCUAGAGAAAUUGAUUUGGUUCUUAUUUUAGAGCACUUCAGCGAAUCGCUUGUAUUGUUGAGGCGGAUGAUGUGCUGGAAGUUAAAAGACAUUCUGUAUAACGUUAGUCCCAAAAAUCUACGGAAAUAUACAAAACCUACAACAGAAAAUGCAAGUUUAGUUGAGGCUCAUCGUCGCUGGAGCAAUGUGGAUUAUUUUUUGUAUGAUCAUUUCAAUGCGACGCUUUGGCAGAAAAUUCAAGACGAGGACAACGAUUUUCACCAAGAGGUGCGCCAUUUUGAAAACGUACUGCAGUCAAUGACCACAUACUGUACCAAGGCAAUCCUGGAAUUCGAAGUUCAGAAGAGACUGGUCACUCGUAGAGCUAGGGCAGCAAUCAAGAAGGUACCAAAUGUAACGCUAGUUACUACGUGGGAAGUUAACAAUGCAGCGGGAAGGCAGACAAUUCCGAGAACAGCUUGGCACGAUCAGUUUGAUAUAGAUCCGCACUUGUGCCUAAAGCUGAGAAUGGAAUGGCAGGACUGGGAAUACGUUUUGAAAAAGAAACACAAGCUGAUGGUGAAAAACGGUUCAGAUACAGUCAGAAGCGCUAUACAAUUCAACCGUCUGAAAAUUCUGGAUCAAACCCUACUUUCAAAUGUCUUCAACAUGACGUACGAACAGGACGUGCAAUGACAAAAGACAGCGUUUUAAAAGUUAGAUAUUCUUAGUGAUUGUGUUUCUGUAAGCUAUAUGGAUGUCAUCUUCCAGGAAGCCCAAAAACUGAUGCGAAAAUUAUUGCCAUGGCGACGGUUUUAUUGUUUAGAAGUAUGAAUGAUUGUUGGUGUUGGUGUGCUUUACUUUUCGUGUUCUAUCCAUUCGCCUGACUGUAUGAAUAUGCAUUUUACGCGAUUAAUGUUUGUAGGGCCUUGCUGACAACAAGAAAGGAGGUUUGACUUUCUUAUGAGUGAGGAGUGACCUAUUGUAAAUGUUUCUCAUUGAUUCCACAAAUGAGGUCCUCUUUUGCAUAAAUCAUAUCUUCUCUAUCUAAAUAACAAAAUGCUCAUAUGAAUAUAAAAGUCUUAGCAAGGGGCAUUUUCUACUAAACUCCAGUUUGCAGUUUUUGCAGCUUACCAUUAUAAUGCCAAAUGUCGCAAGAAUUAAAUUCUCAUCCUUUGACAUUAUGCUAUUAUAACACUUUCUCAUGAAUUGUGCAAACUAGGUAACAAUUUGUACGAUGGGUGUCUGUCGAUAUUUCUCUAUAUUUCAGUUACAUAAGUCAUGUUUGAGUUACAUUAGUCAUGUUUGAGUGUCCUAUUAUGAAAUGAUGUGGAUUAAUAAACUGUCCUCAUUAAUUAUGCAAAUUAGCCCCUGAUUUGCAUUGAUAGUCCUUAAUUACAGAAGGCAUAUCCGAAGCUAUCUACAUUCCAAAUAUCAUGACGAUCCGUCAAUCCCUUCUCGAGAAAUUUCACCCUCCAAAGGAAUGAUACAACUGCGCACGCGCGGACUAAUUUAUGCAUAAUUCCGUGAAUCUUUGCCAAUCGAACAUAUGCUACUCAGUUGGGCUAAUAUUUUUGUCUAUUUCUGCUCAUCGAAUGUCAGAAAGCUUUAAUAUUUUGUUGUCUUAGAACUCUCCCCUCUUAACUUUUAAUUGUAGAAAACAUGAAUUCUGCCCAUUUGGCAUCCCCAGUACAGUUCAGACAUCAACGUUGCUUGCUCCCAUUUAAACCUAGCAUAAGAGACAGUGAAACAAGUCCUUGUAAAAGUACUUACCUUUAUUUCAAUCUUAAAAAUUCUUCUCCAGCAGUUAGUCACAAGGGAAUACUUGAGAAACAUGCAAAGAAAACAGGGGGUUGUUCGGCUCGUUCACGCAGCACAGCUGACAAAAGAAAACAAACCUUACACCUUUGACCCAGUUUUACUGCCAUCCGCAGGACCCAACAACUCAGAUCUGUCCCUACUGUUAACUGAAGAAAUUUUGACCAAAUUAGGAAAGAUCAGACCCUACCUGUCACUUCUAACAAAAAAAAACCUUCAAGGUUGGGCAAAAAUUUCCAAAGAAAAGAAGGAUUUUCAAAGGUUUUAAGUAGGGAAAGCUUGGGGUUAAAGACGCAAGACGUGUAACUAAGAUAGCCGAGAGAAACGUUAUCUGUACCUGACGCUUGAGGCGGGAAUACUACACGGGAACACCAUAGGAUCAUCAAAGUUGCAGACAUGGUGACACACAUGGCGAGCUCGAGAAUGACUACGGCGUUUUGGGGCUGCACUUUUUUGGGUUUCCUCGUCUUCGUUGGGAUCGGCUUUAUUUCCACAAACAUGUAUGAGAACAGCAUGCCGAGUUCAAACUGGGCGCCACCUCACAAGAUGCCCAACAGGAAAUUUUCCGGCACACGUGGUGAAGAAAUCUGUGACGUCAAGCAAAACUUCGUGUUCGUGAAGGUACACAAAGCAGGAGGAACAACAGCAACCUGCAUCUUCCAACGCUUCGGCUACGAACACAACCUGACCUUCGUUCUUCCUAUGAAGAUCAAUAGUGAGGUCGGCUGGCCCAACAUCUUAAAACGAGAAGACUUCAUUCCGUCGGCGGACGGCACAUUUAACGUUCUAGUUGAUCACACUGUCUAUCAUAGGAAGUUGUUAGAUCAUAUCAUGCCUCCCGAUACUGUCUACAUCGCCAUUCUUAGACAUCCACUAGCUCAACUCAGAUCUGUUUUCAACGGGUAUGGCCUUGCCAAAAGGUUCCCUGAAUUGAAAGGAGUAGACCCUGUUGCUUCGUUCCUGAAGGAUCCCGAAAAAUACCAAAUUCCUUACGUCACAAAGUCAAAAGCACCUUACACCCUUUCCAAGAACUUCAUGGCGUACGAUCUUGGAUUCCCUCCAGGACUUUUUGAUGACCGAUCCUCUGUCGAUGAGUUUGUCCAAAAGAUAGCCAGAGAAAUUGAUUUGGUUCUUAUUCUAGAGCACUUCAGCGAAUCACUUGUAUUGUUGAGGCGGAUGAUGUGCUGGACGUUGAAAGACAUUCUGUAUAAUGUUAGUCCCAAAAAUCUGAAGGAGUACAGAAAACCAACAACGGAAAAUGCAAGUUUAGUUGAGGCUCAUCGUCGCUGGAGCAAUGUGGAUUAUAUUUUAUAUGAUUAUUUCAAUGCGACGCUUUGGCAGAAAAUUCAAGAUGAGAACAACGAUUUUCACCAAGAGGUGCGCCAUUUUGAAAACGUACUGCAGUCAAUGACGACAAACUGUACCAAGGCAAAUGUGACGCCAGUUUCUACGUGGGAAGUUAACAAUGCAGCGGGAAGGCAGACAAUUCCGAGAACAGCUUGGCACGAUCAGUUUGAUAUAGAUCCGCACUUGUGCCUAAAGCUGAAAAUGGAAUGGCAGGACUGGGAAUACGUUUUGAAAAAGAAACAUGUGCACAGGCCGAUGGUGAAAAAUGGUACAGAUAUAGUCAAAAGCACCAUACAGUACACACGCCCCAAAAUUCUGGAUCAAACCCUACUUUCAAAUGUCUUCAACAUAACGUCGGAACAGGACGUGUAAUUGCAAAAGACGGCGUUUUAAAAGUUAGACAUAUUCUUAGUGCUUGUGUUAGCUUCUGUAAGCCUUGAUACUGUUCAUUGUUUUCCCUAUACUAAUCUGGACACAGCCACUUGUGGUUUUAGUGUUAGCUAGGCCAUGUUGAUUCGAUUAUAUGAUGUCAUCCUCUGGGAAGCUCAAAACUGAUGUGAGCGUACGAAUAAAGCGUU